AUUUUUUCUUAAAUCAACGUGGCCCUCCAUCCUGAGCUGUUGGUCUCUCUGUGGUAUUUGUUGAGAGCUCUACGCUGACUUCGUGGCAUUCAGCUGCAGACCUACGGAAUGCGCGUAAGCUACCGCUUAUGCUGGAGCGCAAAAAUGCUCUGCCCAUGCCCAAUGGGCGCCGUCGCGUUUGCUGCUUGCGCGCGUCUCCAAGGAUGAGAAGACGCUUGGAUGCAUCCAUUCACGAUUUCGUUUUUAUUUGAUAAAACACGUUUUAAAUUUAAUGGUAUUAUUCAUACUUUUCUUUACUCUGUUUUGUCGUGUUUGGAUUCUGCUUAUGUUGAACGUGCAAUCGGUGAGUUGUUGCGUUGCUGCUGCGGAAGACGACCAAGAGCCGAGCUCAGUGGAAGCGAGCGAAUCAAUUUAGAGAAGACAAAAUGAGAGAUAUAUAGAGAGGUUGGGGAACUGACUAGAAGAGAGGGACGAAAGGAGAGAAAACGUCGACCUCACGCCACAGCAAUUGAAAGAGAAAGUGAAGAGCAUCUAAAGCCCACAGAGACAACCCUUCAAGAGCCGAUUUACCAAAUAUCUCCUUUGUUAUUCUCAUAAUGCCAUGGGAUAUACAAAUUCACACUUCCCUAAAAAGAUAUGCUGAAAAAUAGAUUUUAGAUUUAAACUGACACAAACCAAGUCAAGUAAAAAGUAUUAAUGAUCAAUCAAGACAACUGUUCAUCACACUUUUUAAAACAACAUGAAAGAGAAGAAUAGAAGGGUAAAAUGAACACUAACAGAAACACUUAACUGUCUUGUGUUGGAGUGACUUAUUAGACAUAUUAGGACUAGGGGUGGGUCAUGACCCAGUUGCCAUGCGUGUUGUCAUGGUGACCGGCCCCUCCACCCCCUCUCCCCUCCUCUGGUUGGUCCAGCUUUUGCUGUGGCUCCACCAGCAUGGACCUGAGCUGACAGAAGCUGCACCACCAUGUCCCAACCCUUGUAGCUGUUCCAAUCAGGCAAGCCGAGUCAUCUGUACAAGGAAGAGUUUAGUGGAAGUACCGGACAGUAUUUCGGUGAACACAAGAUACCUUAACCUACAAGAGAACACGAUUGAGGUGAUUAAGUCUGAUACGUUCAAGCACCUGCGUCAUUUGGAGAUCUUGCAGCUCUCAAAGAAUCACAUCCGACAGAUUGAGGUGGGCGCUUUCAAUGGCUUGCCCAAUCUCAACACUCUGGAGCUCUUUGACAACCGCCUCACGCUGGUACCGUCACAGGCUUUUGAGUACCUCAGUAAGCUGCGGGAGCUCUGGCUACGAAAUAACCCUAUCGAAACUCUGCCGGCAUAUGCCUUCCACCGCGUUCCCUCCCUACGCCGUCUAGACCUGGGUGAACUCAGGAGGUUGGACUACAUCUCAGAGGCCGCCUUUGAAGGCCUGGUCAACCUGCGUUUCUUAAACUUGGGCAUGUGCGGUCUAAAGGAAAUCCCCAACCUCACGCCCUUGGUUCGACUAGAGGAGCUGGAGCUGUCAGGGAACCAGCUGGGGAAGGUCCGACCGGGGUCCUUCCAAGGCCUGGUGUCGCUGCGCAAACUGUGGCUCAUGCACUCCAAGGUACUCGUCAUCGAGCGCAAUGCGUUUGACGACCUGAAGAACCUGGAAGAGCUCAAUCUUUCACACAAUUCCCUGCACUCUCUGCCCCACGACCUCUUCACCCCGCUGCACCAGUUGGAACGUGUCCACCUCAACCACAACCCCUGGGUUUGCAACUGCGACGUCCUGUGGCUCAGCUGGUGGCUAAAGGAGACGGUGCCCAGUAACACAACGUGCUGCGCCCGCUGCCACGCUCCCCCAGGCCUAAAGGGCCGGUACAUUGGGGAGCUGGACCAGAGCCACUUCACCUGUUACGCUCCAGUCAUUGUUGAGCCACCCACCGACCUCAAUGUCACCGAAGGCAUGGCCGCAGAGCUGAAGUGUCGCACGGGCACAUCUAUGACGUCUGUCAACUGGCUGACCCCGAAUGGCACUCUCAUGACCCAUGGGUCGUACCGCGUCAGGAUCUCGGUCCUUCACGACGGAACCCUAAAUUUCACCAAUGUGACUGUGCAAGACACAGGCCAAUACACCUGCAUGGUGACCAACUCUGCUGGCAACACUACCGCAACCGCAGUGCUUAACGUCUCCUCCUCAGACUCCAGCAACCCCUUCAGCUAUUUCACCACCGUCACCGUAGAAACCGUGGAAACGGUAAACGUGGAGGAUUCCGCCGCGAGGCAGUACAUCAACGAAACCUACGUGCCACCGGAUUACCUGGGUCCCACUGUUUCAGGAGAGGUAAUGGGCAAAGGCAGGGUUGGAUACACCAUAUCUCCAUCUCGCUCUUCCCUCUCCUCUCUUUCCCCUCGAGCCACCAGAGCCACUGAAAAGGCGGUCACCGUGUCAAUAAUGGAUGUCACGAACAUCCCUGGCCUGGAUGACGUUAUGAAGACCACCAAGAUCAUUAUCGGCUGCUUCGUGGCCAUCACCUUCAUGGCUGCUGUGAUGCUGGUCGUCUUCUACAAACUGAGGAAACAGCACCAACUGCACAAGCACCACGGCCCUACUCGCGCCAUUGAAAUCAUCAACGUGGAGGAUGAGAUUGGCGCUGGUGCCGGGAGCGGCAUCUCAGGGGGAUCGACCAUGCAAUCUGGGUGUGGGGGAGAUGGAACCUUAAGGAGGCAUCACCCGGAAAUAGUAAACCUUCCCAACAUUGGGCGAUCAGAUCACCUCAACCAUUACUACAAAGCCAAUCAUUUCAACAACAACGUGAUGGGUCUGAGCAUUGGGACAGGGGCAGGCAUCGGUACCCUUAGCAACAAGAACAACCAGUCUUCACUUAACCAGCAUGGCCAGGACAUCCCCAUCUCCUGUACACAAGUUCCAAUCUCCUCCACCAGUUUCCAGACCAUGUCGGGAAAUGGCACCAACACCAACCUUCAUUCUGUUUCCCCACCUCUGCCAAUGUCCCUCCCCAUGCCCCCUAUGGGAUUACACGGAUCGAUCAAGGGUUUCAUGGGCCAGAACCAGAAUCCACAAAUGGAGCCUCUUCUGUUCAAGGGAAACUCAAAGGAAAACGUCCAGGAAACUCAAAUUUAAAUACAAGGAGUGAGGAGUGCAAGGGAAAGGCAGAAAGGGGAUUGAUGGCUGGUUUACGCACCGAACGAUUAGACAGAACAGUGCAUUGACAUUACACCAGGAGAGAGGAUAGACUGACACGGCAAUACACAAACACAUAGACUGGUCAGCGACAGUGUACUGAGCCAAGGAUUAACUCAAUGGGCCACUUGUGUUUGUAGUAACGAUCACGGCAAUGGAGUUCAAAAACUAACAUCGCUACAAUGUAAAUCUGUGCCAAAGCAAAUGUUUCUUGCAGUUUCUAUGAGUUGUAUUCACAUAGACGAAAAAAGCCUUUCCAAGUACUGUAGCUCAGUCCCCCAAGUCUUUGUUGGCCAGUCAGUCAAGACUUAAGACCUGCACAGCACUUACCACAUUGAAGUUUGGAGACAUUACAGGAAAAAAAAUACUAGAGACAUUUCUCUUUCACGUAAAACAGUUGUGCAAGACACUCUUGUAUGAACUCAAAGUCUCCCUUAAGGCCGUAGAUAGGCAGAAAUGGAAGGACAAAAAGUACAGGACAGUACGAACUACUGUGAAAAUUCCUCAAAUUAUAUAAAUAUAUUUUCAUUUGAAUAUGUAACAUUGCAGACUCCAAUGCAAAAAUAUUUUGGAGGAUAUAUGAGCUGUAAUAGUUUGUUUUGUGAAUAAUCAGGGGCGGUGAUUGUGAAGGUUGAUUAUACUAUACAUAUGUUUUGAGUUUGGGUACUCCUCCAAAACAUAAGGGCUCAAUUGCAACACUCAUUGUGAAUGAAUUUGGCCGCCAUGAAUAUUGAACAACAUUAGGAGAGGUCCACAGUUUUCUGUUUGGGAAGCUUUAGUCUGUGUUUCACUCUCUCCGCAGUGAUGAAAAUUGGAUAUUUCUGUUCUUGUUUGUUUUGAGAGUAUAUUCCAUAUAUUCCAGCAGGCUACUUGCCAGCAUAUACAUGUGCCAUCAGCAAAUGUAGGUGAAAUAAAACACAUCCACAGUGAGCUAAUAUCCUGCAAAAAAUGUAUGGGCAAAAUGAAAUGUUGACAAAGUGUAACUGGACUCAGAUCAGUAGCAAGAUAUUUGCUUUAAGUGGCGAAUUUGAUAUUAACACCUUUCUCAUGGUCGCCAUUUUGAUGCCACACAAUGCUGUCAUAAGGGUGAUUAAAUGCCUGUCUUUGCAGUGGCAUUCAGUAAGUGGAUUCAACUACCAUUAUUGGUUUAGUGGAAGAGAAAUGUAUGAUAACAGUAUUUGGUUGAUGACGAUUGUAUAAACCACUUUUUUACUGUGUACCUCUCAUGUGAUAAUACAAUUUAAAGCUUUGUGCAUUUAAACUUUGUCUCUAAUUAUUUUUGCUUAGUUUGAUAUAAUGUGUGCCAUUGUCUAGCCAUGUAUCAUUCACAUAAAAUAAAUCAAUCAUGUGUUGAUGUAUUGGUGGUUAAUGGAAACCAACUGAAAACAUACUGUAGUUAUAAAGAGUAAUGCUGCAGGCUAUUGCAAUCUUUAUUGGGCCUUUUUGCUUGCCGAUUUUGUCAUCUUUUUUGUUAACAUCCCAUGACAGGCGUUUAGUCAUUCCUAUGAGGGAGUAAUAUUGGCAUUAAAAGGCUGCUUUAAUUGGCAUAAAAUCUAGUUUGUCUCUUGAAAAAACUGCUCUUCUUAGCCCUAAAAAAGUGGUAUGAAUCAACACAGAAUGUUAACGUCAGAAUGGUUGUUGCAAUUGAGUGCAAACUGAACUCGCCAAACCACAUUCAAGUGAAAGGCAGAUUGUUGCAUAGGAGAUUAGAGGUGUGUUAUGUUACUGUAAUACUGCACACUGACGUAUUGGCAGUGAUCUUGCUACCACUAAACAAGUGCUAAUGCUGCACCCCCCGUUCCUCACAGUGCAGGAUGCAUUUUCAGAGCUUGUCUUGAGUGGGUAGGGAGGGUUGGUUCUGAUUUACUUGCUGUUAUAUUCCCAUAAUGAGUGCACCAGUGGGAAAAAAGGUACAUGUUUUUGAGGAAAUAAUGAGGAAGAUAAUGAUAAAAACAACCAUGAUAAUAAUAACAACAUUAAUAAUAAUAAUAAAAAAAUGAUACAUUAUGCCACUGUGGUAUAAGGGCUUUCGAUAUGUUUAGUAUUAAUAUUAAGAAAAUAAUUACUUCUACUUACAAACUUACAGAAUUACUAAUGAAUUUGUCAGUUCUCAUUGUGACUCAGUUUGAGUGUUGCCCCUAAUCUGUCUUAGAUUUGAGACAAAGCGACUGACCAACUAAGGAACAUUUAGGGAGUUGUAAUGCAAGUUUUUACUUGACGCUUUAUGCACAUUUCAUGAAUCAUGAUACUCCCCCUCAAAAGGGGUAAAUAGGAUGAGAAUUAGAUAGUAUUUCAGUAACAUGGUCCAGCAGACACUUUUUGUGGGCAGAGUUCAACUGUUUCCCUACUGAGACGCUACUAGAAUAUAAAUGAAGACUAAAAACUCCAAAAUAUGGCUGCACUGUUGAUGUGCUACAUUUGGUAACUGUGCUUUCAGAUUUCAAAGAGCAUAUUUAAUACCUCUCGAGCAUGCUACGUGAGAGUAAAUCACUGUACAGAACAGAACAAGAAAGUUGUUUCUCGGAAUUAUAAUAUUUGGCAAUGUUUGAUGAUAGACAUCACAAAUUCUAGAGAGGUUCCUUACAUAGCAUUGAAAAAAUGUAUCAACAAAUGUUUGAAGAUAGUAUGAUCAUUAUUGUUAUUAAUAUUUAUUGUUGUUAUUAUUGUUAAAUUUUUAUGAUUAUCAAACACAGUGUUACAACUUAAAGUGAAUGGUGCAGUGGAUACCUACGCAACUGAAACAUGAUGGAGGAAAUACACAACAGCCACCACUUAACCCAAGUAACUACAUCAGAAGAUAACAAAUGAACUUUGACAAUGGUCAUCUUUACUAAAGAAGAUGAUGAUGACCUCAAUGGAUGGAAUACUGAGUGUGUUGUUUUUCCCGCCCCUUGUAACAACUGGAUGCUACAGCCCAGAUGCCAUUUGUUUGGAGCUAAAUUUGGUUGGUUACACCGAAUGUGGAUUACUGUUAUUUCAGCCACAAAAUUGUGAGAAAAUUAUGAUCUUUUGGUACGAAAUUCCAUUUGAUGAACUGAACGAGAAACUGAACUAUGUUGUUGUUUGGAAAGCUUUUUAAUGAAGAGAAAGAAAGUUAAGCUUUAGAAAACCUAUAGAUUUCUUUAAAUGCAAAAUAAUAAAAUGUGACAUUUUUGUGUUCA